AUGGCCAGCGAAUCCGACAUGAGACGCCAUUCAGCCUUGCCUGACACCUCCAUACCUCAGCUAUCGCUGCCGCGCUUCACCGAGUCGGAAUCUCCAACCUCCGCCAUUGCCGCCACGAGCAUCGCUUCCACACCCCCCGCCCCGAUACCAGAACCAACAACGACACCCGUGGAGCCAACACGCUCAAGCUCUCUCGACCACGCAGCGUCACAAGCUAGUACUGACGAUGAAGAUUCUAUCUCUCGCCCUGAGACCCCACCAAUCCAAGACGAGACCCCAAAGCACCGCCGCUUCUCCAUCCUAAGGUUUCGCAACGCCUCCGACUCUCAGCUCUCUCUCAGAGCCAAGCAGCAGGCCGAGAAGCCUCCGCCGAUGCCCCGGCCCCCCGAAAUCAUCACCACGGCGCCUGUACUCGAGAUACCUGUUCCCCAGAAGAAACAGUCCCGUAUGCGUCUCGCCGAUCGCUUUCGAAAAUCAGGCGAAAUGCCCAGAGCAAGCGAAGAGAACAUGACAAGAGCACACACCUGGAAGAACAGGAGGACCCCCGGGCUGGAAGAGCUCGCUGCGAGGAGUCGACCAACUCUGGUGACAUUUGAAGAACCUGUUUCCAAGACUUCUUCAUCGCGGACGCUACCAACUGCUGAAGAAGGCGAGUCUCAGGGCUUGCCUAUCCCCCUUCACCGCGCCUCCGAAUCUUCUCGAUCAGAUGUCAGUUCGGCACACACCGCAAACCCUACAGAGACGACACCAACGAAGCUUUCAGCUCCGCUACCAACAAACUUCUUCCGCUUGCCGCGUAGGAAGAAUAAAUCGGCUGCACCGCUCUUUGAUCUUUCCCAUCUGCCACAGAAAAGCAAGCCGAUCAACGGCGAUUACGCUGCCUCUUCGAGCUCCAUGCUCGGCGUGUCUCAACCUGGAGAAGGCAGCUCCCGACCGCAUAAUCCAUCGAGGCCUUCCUCCAGCUACAGCGCAAAUGCAGAUUCGGUUGUAUCAUGGUCAGCGGCCGAUGUGGCAACAAAACCUGCAGUGUCGCCUGCCACAGCCCUCUUUCGCCCGGGCUCCAUACACUCGGGACGCUCCUCGCCAACGCGAGCGCGACUGCAACUGCGUGGUAGAUCAUCUACGAUGAGCUCUCUAGGGCGAGAUUCUAUGGAUGAUUUCCUGAAUCCAGGCACGACUCGCACUUCAUCAUCCACCGGGCGAAAAAGCCUGGGUGACCUUUUUGGCCUGAACAGGUUGCGACAGAACUCGGAGCUCGCAAGCGGGCGCCCUGGAAAUCUUACUCCGGCAACCCCUGGCUCGAGCACCUCCAAGAACAACUCUUUACAAAUCGCUCGUGAGCCGGUGGCUUUACCGGAACGACGGGAGGAUGAAACUGCGGCCAAAUACCUCGCACGUAUCGAGCAGCUACUCAGUCGGGGCGUCAUAGCCAGUGCGCUAUCUCGCGGCACAGAUCCAUUCUUUGCCACAGUAUUGCGGAGUUACAUGCGCCGCUUCAGCUUUUUCGGGGAUCCCAUGGACAUGGCUAUUCGUAAACUACUUAUGGAAGCAGAACUGCCCAAAGAAACCCAGCAGAUUGACCGAUGUCUAGAAGCCUUCGCAAAUCGAUACCACGAAUGCAACCCUGGGAUAUACUCUUCACCGGACCAGGCUUAUUUCAUCGCAUUUUCCCUCUUGAUUCUUCACACGGACGUUUUCAACAAGAACAACAAGUACAAGAUGCAACAAAACGACUACAUCAAGAACACUCGGGGUGAAGGUGUUUCCGAGUCUAUCCUUCGAUGCUUUUAUGAUAAUAUCACCUACACCCCUUUCAUCUAUCUGGAGGAUGACGUUGAUUUGCACGGUGAUCGACAAAAGGGGAGGCGACGGACCAUUUUCGCAGGCGGCACUCCAGACACAGCAAUCAAGAAGUCUUCCAAGGAACCACUAGAUCCUUAUACGCUCAUCAUUGACGGGAAGUUGGACGUCCUACGACCAAGUCUGAAGGAUGUUAUGGAGUUGGACGACAACUACAACUACCUCGGAACAGCUAAAAGCCUGAAUGUGAGGGAGCUGCAGAGAACGUUCUUCCGGACUGGUGUCUUGCAAAUUGUAUCGGCAAGGUCUCGACCAGAUGCCUUCCGAGAUGAGAAGAGCACUACCAACCCUGAUACUGCCCCCCAAGGCGUAGUCGACAUCAAGAUUACCAAGGUUGGUCUACUGUGGCGGAAAGACACCAAGAAGAAGAAAACAAGAUCCCCGUGGCAAGAGUGGGGAGCUAUUCUUACGGGCGCUCAACUCUAUUUCUUCCGGAAUACGGCUUGGGUGAAGAGCCUUAUGCACCAAUACGACACACACGUCAAACAAGGCUACUACGGCGAACCAAUCACGUUCAAGCCACAGCUGACUGACUUCAAACCGGAUGCCUUCAUGCCAAUCAAGGAGGCAGUUGCGCUUGUCGACUCAACAUACAAGAAGCACAAAAACGCUUUCAACUACGCGAGGCCGGGUGCUUUCGUUGAGGAGGUUCUUUUGGCAGACAACGAGGACGAGAUGAAUGACUGGCUGGCGAAACUCAACUACGCUGCUGCGUUCAUGACGUCGGGUGUCAGAAUGCGAGGUGUCGUCGGUGGUAAUUAUGAGGGUCAAAGCCGCCGCGGCAUUCGAAGACUUGACAGCUCGAAUAACGCACAGGUGGUUCAGACCCCAACUGGCGAGGUCAGCAUCGUGAGGGGCAAAAUUGAUCACAAGGAAGCCGAGUCUAUUCUUGCACAACGGCACGAGACUAUGGCCAGAUCUGUGGAGAAGGCGGAUGAGGAUAUCUCGGCCAAGGAAAAAGAGCUGGAAGAAGACUUGAGGAAUGCGCGACACUUACAGAUUCUUUCUCCCAUCCAGAGCAAGUCUCGCGAAGAGCUUUUGCGAGAGGCUGCGCGUAUGGAUGUGAAAAUCAAGUGGAUCAGGAUGGAAAUUUGGAGGAUCAGAUGUCACCGGGAUGUCUUGAGCAAGGAUCUUGAGGAGGAAGGCCUCUUGGCAGAUAUGUCACCUGCGAAAAACGGCUCGCGAGGAACGGAAGCGCAAGAUGUGUCGCUCGACAUUGACAAGCCCCUUCCACCUCAGCCAGAUGAUCGAGAUUCGCUCUCGCUCGAAAACGGCCAUAUCGGCAGCAAGGCUCAGCAACACCAAAAUUCCGGUUCUCAGCCAGAAGAGCCUGAUGUCGAUUCCCCGACCACAGAAUAUUUCCAGACACCCCCAACAAGUGCCACUUUCCAGUCACAUAGGCACCAGAGGUCUUGGGACUCGAAUUUGUCAGCGUCGGAAGAGCCUCUACGACGUGCCCGGUCUGAGUCUCAAGCUGCGGCUUCUUCUGUGCCAAUUCAGUCCGGCAGAGGGAGCACUAAACCGCCCUCCACACCACAAGGCUCCCGCAGCCAGGUUGCUGAGAACAGCAUAGACCAACAUGCAGACGAUGUCGACGCUGAUGAACGCGACUUGCUCGAACAGGCUGGGCUCCUAGAGUCGCCGUCAUCUCGUCACACUUUAGCUGGAGUUCGCACGGGAUCUAUCUCUGAAACUGGCGACCUAUCGGAGCAACGUGAUGCCCCCGGAAAUGCUGAAAAGGCCGACAGGAACAAAAUACGUCGAAGCCUGCAGAGGACUCUGAGGGAGAGCGCCGGUCACUUAUCUCAUCACAGGAGUAGAAAGGGCAAGGAUUCAGCUUCAAGUGGAAUCUCCGAAGACACGAUCAGAGACGAUAUUCUCAGUAGAGGAUCUGGCAGUUUUGUGGUGCAUGGAAAGAAAGCAUCAGUCAUCAACUUUGGCGAGGGUCUGCAACACAUGCCGACAGAAGAGAGGUUGAGGCAGAAAAUGCAGGCGCAGCGAGAAGAGCCUGUAUCUCCGGCAAGCCUAGAAGAGGAGGAAGACUACCAUGAUGCCCUUGGCCAACAGCCGACCAUGAAGGAACGCCGCGAGUCGACAGCCAGCGCCAGUACUGCGACGGCAAGGAGUUUUCGCGAACUGCACCGUAAAUACUCUACCGCGCAGGCUCAUAAGACACCAUCGCAUGGAGGCAAGCUUUCGGUGCCAUCUGACACGGAGAGUGAGCGUGCGCUAAGCAUUUCGGAAGGUCGUCGUACACCGCUCCCGGCGAUCGAGACUCAGUUUGGAGACGAAGAGGAGGCAGAGGCUGGAGAGCUGCAGAUGGACGAAGAUCGGUCACCGUUGUCGGGGCCAAUCGCGUCGAGACUUGUGUCCCCGAAGAGUCCUGCAACCAGGUCAACAGCGUCUCCCUUGGAAGAGCGUGCCGGCGAGAGCGCCGACUCUCAACAGCGACAGAAGCUGUCAGGUCCGCAUGUCCAGUCGGUCAAGGCUUAG